AUGGCACGGCCAUCGAGGGUUAAGAAACAGAUUAACUAUGCAGAGUUUGAAGAUGAUGAAGACUUCGCCUGUGUGAAAGCGCCCCCCAGUAAGAAGGCUAGAGUGCCUGUGAAGGAACCAGAGCACAAGAGCGCCAAACCAGCGAGCGGGGCCGCAAGCCAAGAAGACGGCGCACCGCCCGCGGGGCGCAAGGAAAGACCGUCUCUGGAUGACAAACUUUAUGAAAGGGAUUUAGAAGCAGCCCUUACAUUGUCUAUGCUCCGGACUGAGCCAGUAGAGGACCUGUCGCCCUAUGACAAAGGUGAAAGGAAUCAGCCCCUUACAGACACCAAAACUGUUGCUCCAUCGCCAUUGCUUUCAAACUGCAGUGUGGAUGUCAGCCUCUUGGGCCUGGAUAAGAUCUCAGAUGAGAGGGGCUCUCCCAGCGCACCCUCCAGACAGAGGCAGGCUGCGUCCAAGGCUUCUGAACAGCAGAGACGCAUGCUCCAGGAGGAGAGGAACAGCACCACUGAGAAUGCCAGGGACGAGGACUACCAACCCACCUGCACACCAGACGCAGAGUCUGAGAGUGAUGCAGAUUUCGAUGAGGAAGAUGAGAGCGACGAGGAGGAGUUCACUGUAAAGAAGAAAGUGGAGAGAAAAAAACCCACCAAAAAGGAGAAAACGGCUCGGCCACCGGCCCCAAAGAAAGAAAAGAAGCCCUCUAAAGUCCCUAAAUCGAAGCUGCAAGCCACAGUGACCUCCACUGUGAGUCCCAUCCCAGCUCCGGCAAAGUCUGCUGUCACUAAAAGGCCAGCUACCAGUUCCCCAGUGUCCAGACCUGCAGUAUCCCUCAGUCCAGCAGGGGGCAGACUUCCCAAGUGGAAUCCACCAGCUCAAAUUGGAAGGAGCCCCAGCACACCCCAGCCUGUCCAAGUGAAGUCCCCGGGUCAGGGGCUGCGUUUGGGGCUGUCCCGUCUGGCCCGGGUUAAACCCCUGCACCCCAGUGCUGUGAGUGCUGUGAGUCACUGA